AUGGCGGCGCCCUGCGCGGAGAUGGAACCGGCAGCGGCUCCUCUCAGUCCAGGCGCGGAGGAGCUGGUUUGCGCGCGGGGCCGCAACCGCAAGGCCGUGCUGUGCCAGCGCUGCGGCUCGCGCGUGCUGCUGCCCGGCGCCGCCACCUUCGCGCGCAGAGAGCUUUUCCUUCCCUCCAUGAAGAAGAAGACGGCCCUGCUUGCCAGCAACUCUCCGGAUGGGGACGUGCUCCAGGAUCACUGGCUCGUAGAUAACAUGUUUUCCUUUGAGAAUAUUGGGUUCACCAAGGACGUUGGGAAUGUAAAGUUCCUCAUAUGUGCAGACUGUGAGAUUGGGCCAAUUGGUUGGCACUGCCUAGAUGAUAAGAAGAGCUUCUACAUAGCCCUGGACCGUGUUUCUCAUGAGUAGCAUCCUGAGUCGAGCUGGGACUCUCUGCGAGGCCAUCCCAGCUGGUGGCCAGGAUUCCUCAGCGCAACCAUUCCACAGCUCUUAACAUGUACCAACAUGAAGCCAGAGGCACCGGCGCGUGGACUUGAACAUGUCAUGGAUUCAUCUUAACACCUUAUUUAAAGCAAUGGGCAAUUAUUGUCACAUUCCGUGCAUUACAGCUUCCUCUGGUCCUUCCUCCCACUGUAACGCAGGGAUGGCGAUUCCACAGUCUUUCCAUUUCUGAUUUUUAGUCCUGACUCAUGGGCAGUCUCAUCUUGGUUCCUGAACUGUAAAAUGUGAGCAUAACUCUUGUCACCAGAUGUCUUUCCCACAGAAACUCAUGGUUUGUUUUUUAAUUUAAAUUUUGACUGGAAUAUGGAACAUUGCAAUGUAUUUCAAUGAAAAAGCUUUCUCCAAAAGGGAGGAACAAACUAGGAACUGCACCUUUGAGAGGACAGCUAGGUAGAUAGAACUGUGCCCAUUUUCUCAGGCAUUUUAUCCAGUUUUAGUGGUUUCUCACUAUGAUUUGGACUACAGGAUUUGCCCUUCGUGCCACAUGUAAAAGUUUACAGCCCGGGCAGCUUUCUCCCUCCUUUUAAAAGAUUACUUUCCUGCUUGCAUUUACAGUUUAAAUUGUUCACGGCCUGGCAAUGAAAGAUGGCCUGGGCUGGUGCUGCUGUGGAGGUUUCAUUUUGCAGGAAGUAUAAGGGUGUUUCCUGUGUAAGAUAAAAUCCAUAGUCAAAUUGCAAAAAGUAAAUGUACUUGAACUGCUAUAAUCAAUAUUCAUGUUCAAUUAAAUUUAUUCCAUGUUU